AUGCAAGCACCAAUAGGUCCAUCAAGAACAAGACAUGGUGGAAGAAAUGAAGUUGAUGUUGAAGAUGAUCAUACAGGAAGAAGAGCUACUACUGAUGUAACUUAUUUGGCUGUUGUUUCGCCACCAAAAGAAAACCAAUUGACUAAUAUUCGAAAACAACAUGGCCCUAAAGGUAUUCAACGUUCUAAGUUUACUCAAGUUAAAGAACACAUGGCUGUUAUGGCACAAUUAGAAGACGAUAAAGACGAAACAUUCACUGAUGAUGAACCAAUAACACCUAAUUAUCCUUCACAUAAGCCGGAUAAAUUACAAAUAAAUGAUUUUAUUUCUAUUGCACCAAUUGAUGAUAAUACUCAAACAUCAUUAAUAACUGAAAACUUAGUAAUAAUCAAUAAAUUCGAUCCAAAAUCAUCACGUUUUUAUCUUGAUGAUAUUGAUCCAUCUAAACAAGCAAGAAAAUUUCAUAGACAAAUAAGUCGAGAAGAAAAACUUUAUAAUCGAGAUAAAGCUGUUUAUCUUCAAAUGAAAAAAAAUCAUGGUGAAAAAAUUCAACCUGUUGAAAAAUCUCAUCAUCAUUUAAUGUCACUAUCAUUUCGUCGAGCUCAAUGUUAUCCAACAAAAUAUUUAAUUUGUUUAACAGAUCGUUUAAAACCUUUUCAAUGGACAAAUAACUUUGAUUUUUUUCCAACUUAUUCAACACUUAAUUCUUAUUUGAUUAUUAUUGUAAAUGAUGAAACAUCGAAUGAAAAAAAUUUCCUACGAGUACAAGUUGCUAUUCAAAAUGAUGAAGAUAAUGAAUUAAGUGAAAGUGAAUUUCUUAAUAAACAAAUUCGUCAUCUACAAUUAUUAGAUAAAAAUCAAACACAAACGAAAACAAUACUUGAAGAAGAACAAUUAAAUAAUGAUUCAUUUAUGGAUGAAUAUGCUUUAAUUAAAUCAGAUAUUUGUACAAGUUGUUAUCGAGACAUGGAUGAAACAAUUCCGAUGACAGCUGUGAAAGCUUGUGCACAUUGGUUAUGUAAUGAAUGUUGGAAACAACAUCUUGAAAAUUCUAUUAAACAUAUUAAAGUUGUUCUUUGUCCUGAAUGGAAUUGUGAUUCAAUUGUUGAUGUUGGUACAAUUUUAUCAUUGGUUAAUGUACGUUGUACGAAUAUUUAUGAACGCAAUAUAGAAAAAUGUCUCGUAAAUCUAUCUCGUUCAUAUAUAAAAUGUCCAUCAAAAUCUUGUUCAAAUAUUGUUCAAGUAGUUGGUUCAGGUGUUGAUCAUGUUCGAUGUCGUUGUGGUCAUCAAUUUUGUAUAAACUGUGGUUGUAAUCAUAUGACUUAUCGAUGUGGUGCUGAAUUUUGUUGGAGUUGUACUGGUUAUUGGAAAGAUCACAAUGCACCUGAUGGAACAUUUCGUAGUCCAAAACUAGCUAUACCAUUACAAGAAGAAACUUUAUCUAAACAACAUAGCCAAUCUCGACAUUAUCAUUAUAAUGCAAUUUAUCAUCGACAUGAACGCAUUUUACAAUUUCAAUCAAAACAAAAUGAAAAUGCUAAACGUUUACUUGGUACAAUACCAUUAGAUAAAGGAACUUUAUUCGAUAGUACACUUAUAAAAUCACAAAUUGAUAAACGUGAAUCUGUUUUACGUCAUUUAUAUGAAAUGGUUAAAUAUAUUAAAUAUUUACAUAGUAUAUGUGAAUUUAUAGCUGAUUCAGCUGAUAGUUAUGGAAAUAAUCCAAGUGAAUUUCGUAAUGGUUCACAACCACUUGAAACAAUUGUUUUUAAUAUGAGUCAAAUAUUAGAAGGUGGAAAAGGUUAUAAAGCUAUUGAACAAUUAAAACAAUUACAUGCAUCAAGUGAAAAAAUUAUUGAACGUCUUCGACGUGCUGUUACAUUAAGAGAAUUACGUUGA